CCCCUUACUCACUGUCACCCCCCACACACACACACACUCCCUCAUUUUCUAACACAAGAGGGAAGAAAAAGAUAAGGAUUUUAAAGAAAAUGUCUGCGGAUCUUUCAGUCUUUUCCCUUUUCCUCUUCUCCCUUGUGAUCACUCCACAUCUCGUUCUCUCUUCUCCUCUUCCUGAUCCUGAGCUAGUUGUACAAGACGUACACAGGAGUAUUAAUGCCUCCAGGAGGAACUUGGCCUACCUGUCCUGUGGAACCGGUAACCCUAUUGACGAUUGCUGGCGGUGUGACCCUAACUGGGAGACCAACCGCAAGAGAUUAGCCGAUUGUGCUAUUGGGUUUGGUAAAGAUGCUAUCGGCGGAAGAAAUGGUAGAUUCUACGUGGUGACGGAUUCCGGUGAUGAUGAUGCUGUGAACCCAAAGCCGGGGACUUUGAGGCAUGCUGUGAUUCAGGAUGAGCCACUGUGGAUUAUUUUUAAGAGAGAUAUGGUAAUUCAGUUGAAGCAAGAGUUAGUCAUGAAUUCUUUCAAGACCAUUGAUGGCAGAGGUGCUAGUGUUCACAUUGCUAAUGGACCGUGUAUUACUAUUCAUUAUGCUACUAAUAUUAUCAUCCAUGGAUUGAACAUACACGACUGUAAGCAGGGAGGGAAUGGUGAUAUCAGGGACUCUCCUGACCACUUUGGGUGGUGGACUCAAUCGGACGGUGAUGGAGUUUCCAUCUUUGCCAGCAAGCAUAUUUGGGUUGACCAUUGUUCAUUGUCUAACUGCCACGAUGGUCUUAUUGAUGCUAUUCAUGGAUCUACCGCCAUCACUCUCUCUAAUAACUUCUUUACCCAUCAUGACAAGGUCAUGCUCUUGGGCCACAGCGACUCUUAUACUCAAGACAAGGACAUGCAAGUUACCAUUGCCUUUAAUCAUUUUGGAGAAGGGCUGGUGCAAAGAAUGCCAAGGUGCAGGCAUGGAUAUUUCCAUGUGGUGAACAAUGACUACACGCAUUGGGAGAUGUAUGCCAUUGGAGGGAGUGCUUCUCCUACAAUCAACAGCCAAGGAAAUAGAUUUCUUGCACCUGAUGCCAGGGAAAAGAAAGAAGUGACCAAACAUGAGGAUGCACCGGAGAGCGAAUGGAGACACUGGAACUGGAGAUCUGAAGGAGACCAAUUACUGAACGGUGCAUUCUUCAGGCAAUCAGGGGCAGGAGCUUCUUCAACAUAUGCUAGAGCUUCUAGCCUGAGCGCAAGACCCUCUUCUCUGGUGAAUUCAAUCACCCGGACUGCUGGUGCGCUUAACUGCAGAAAGGGUUCUCGCUGCUAGCUGUCACCGUCAACCUCUAGCUAGUAUCUUUACAUGAGUGCUGCUACGAGGUAUAACCAAAAGCAACAGCAAAAAGACCAAAAGAAUAUGGAGAAUGAUAACAAGCUAGGCCUUAACUGGCCAAUAGUAUGGUGUGUGGGCACUAACAGUUUUCGUAUCUCUCUUUCUUUCUUUUUCUUUUAACUGUCUUAUUUAUGACAACCUCUGUUUAUUAGUCCUGGAAACUGUACUGGAUUGUACUGUAAUGACAAUCCUAUGUUUGUUAGAAAGAAAGCAAGAGCAGUAGUGUUGAUUUCUUACUUGGUUUAAAUUCUAAAUUACAGCAUUGCGUGAUUUUGUCUA